CUCGGUGCGGCGGCUGGGCACGCCCACUUCCGCGCGGGAGAGUGGCUGGGGUGGAGGAGGUGGCGACCGAUCGCGGAAGUGGUGGCUGUAGCGGGCCGGGCUGUGAGGACCGGGGUGGAUGGUUGCCGCCGGCCCGCGCACCAGGAUUUUUCCUGAGCCUGUAAGAACACCAGGGACUCUAGACUCCACCUUUAGCCUCUUCCUCACGAAAUUCUCAGAGCCCUCGGAGCUGGAUCCUCUGACUGGGCCUGAGCAGGGCCUAUGUAUCUGCAUCGAUUCCAGGAGUUUGUGCUGUCAGAGGUGACAUCUCCAGCAAAGGGCAGUUUGGAGUAUCACACCUAGUAGGAGUGCGAAGUUGUUGAAGAUUUCUGCGGUGGACUUGCACAAAAACCACAGACAAAUUUUCCUGCUCUAGGUGUUUUCCAAAUAAUGGCGAAGAUGGUGAGAAGAACAUGUGCGUUUUGUCCAGAAGGGGAGGCUGUUUCUGUAAUGUAUAUUGCCAAAGAGCGAAAUAUUGCAGCUCAUCAGCAUUGUCUGUUAUUUUCCUCAGGAUUCGUGGAAUCUGAAGAGUAUAACCCAGAAAAUAUGGAUAUAAGGUUUGAUGUGGCAUCAGUGUUGAAAGAACUCAAGAGAGGAAAGCGGCUGGUGUGCAACUUCUGUCGCAAGAAAGGAGCCACUGUGGGAUGCGAGGAAAGAGCCUGUCGCAGAAGUUAUCACUACUUCUGUGCACUCUGCGAUGAUGCAGCAAUAGAAACGGAUGAAGUAAAUGGAGUCUACCGAGUGUUCUGCCCAAAACAUGACCCAGGCAAUAGGACCAAUCACUGUGGUGCAGCUAGUAAAAGGAGAAGACAUGCAUUGAAACCUUCCACCAUCACGGAACAAGUGAGCACAGAAGAGACAGCAGAAGAAAACAGUUUACGAAUACUGAAAAGGAAAAACAACAGGCAUAAAGUCCGAAUAGACUUUCUUAGAAAAUGCAAGCAAGCCGGGCUUCUGGAUGACAUAUUUGAAGAAAUGCUGGACACGCUUCACCUGGCGCAGGAGAAGCUGAUGGAUGACAACACUUCAGAAACAGAGUAUGAAGAGACAGUGAUGUCACUCUUUGACUGUGGACUGUUUGAAAAUAUACUGACAAAUAUUCAUUCAGGAACAGAGGAGAAAAUCCAGGAACUUCUGGAAAGCAGGAAAAGACUGGAUAACAAGAUUGAGCUACUGCAGGACUUAAAAGAAGUCAUCCUUCCUACCCAAGAGAACACCGCUAGUACAUCUAGUACGGUGUCUGACUAACCCUUAAGUGUGUCUGUAACGGUGUCAAUAUUUAGGAUCUUCUAAUGAUAGAAACCAUAGCGCACGUCUGGUCAGUGUCUAAGUAAUUCCCUCCCCCCCUGCAAGAUAGGGACACAAGCAGGAACUGCGUGUAUUUUACCCGGUUUUAUACCUCACUGUUGCAAUAAUUUUAAGUUGUCCCUUUCUUUAAAUUUUAACCACGGAUCAAUGAGGGUUAUGCACCAAAUUUAGCUUUUUUUAAAGCUCAGCCAAACCCUCCAAUGAAGACUUUUUUUUUUUUUUUUUUUUUUUUUUAAAACCAAGAGAGUUUUAAGAAACUAUGAGCUGCCACAGAACACUUGUUAAAGUCACUUUAACUGUGGGAGCCCUCUUCUGUGUGCGGUAGCUGCUUCACUGUCUGCAUCUAGACGGUGAUGUUCUAAGGAUCGUGUGGCUGCUUUGGCUUUCCAAAGAAGAUAAAUUAGCAGAACUUGCACUCAAAGAAGCCUUCUGAACUACAAACAGGAGUUGGUGGGUUUUUUAAUUAAAUGAUUCUUGGUUGACUGCCUAAUGUGUAACUCCUUCUGCUGUAAUGGCAGUGGUGAAACAUUGUUUGAAGGCAGACCAGAAACGGUUGGGCGUCAUACUCUAUAAACAACAUGUAAAAUGGAUCAAACAAUGAACUGUAUCUUCCUUUCUCCAUUAAGAAAGGAUAUGACUUCCACAUCUUUUGUCUUAAAAAAAAAAAAAAGUAAAUAAAUUGUUUGAAUACAGAAAAGCAUUGUUUAGCUACAAAAGGAUAAGUUAGCAAAAUAAAAUGUUUUUCAGAAAGCUGCAUGUUUAGUCGUGCUCGCUAGCCCCGCUGGUGCAUGGGAUGUGGAUGAGGAGGGGGGGAUGCUGUCACGCCGUUGUUUAACUGCGCCUUGUCUCUCAGCAGCAAGCGCAGCCGGACCGGCGUGAUCCUGCAGCCGAACAGGCUGCAGCACCAUCCUGUUAAAACAGCUGUACUCUCUCCAUAACUAGUAAAAAUUCAUAACUUGAGCUUGUUCUGUAUGAGGGCGGAGAUCAAUAAGCACAGAACUAACAAGUUUCAGAACUACUAGCUGUGCCCAAUAGUACAAAGUACUAAUAUUUUUACUUGUUUAUACAGUUCUGGCCUGCUGGCUGUCCAGGACCAGAAACACAACCAGUUUACUGCCUGAGCCAAGGCCUCAGGUGCUGCUCACAGCUAUCCUGCCUAGAAAACUCCCGCCUAAAACAAAAGUGUAUUAACGUGGAGCAUGGAUUUAUUUAUUCAGGAACAAAGAAAGAUGCAAAUCCACUGUCCUGGAAAAACACAAACACUCAAGUGAGUGCUUUUUUUCCCUAUAGCAGCAAUCCGAAUUACUGACAGCAGCUUAGAGGACAAAUCCUGUACUCCUCUAAUCCACCCCCUGCCAAGCUUGACCUUGAGUCUAGUGUUAGCGAUCCAAAACAAGUUGUUUAUUCAAAACAUUUAUGACACAUUUGCAAGUAUUUUCUCAGACUAUCCUAGCCCGAACUCUCAACGUCAUGCUACAGAAGCUCCCUGGCCUCUAUCAACAAUACAAAAUUCUAGGCUUCGUGAAACUUAGCGAAGUCGUAACCCCAAAACUGACUUUAGUUAACCUAAACUUCAACUCUGAGGUUUCCAGUUUCUCUGCUCUACCCUGGAUUUGGUGGGGCUUCAAAAGCACGAAAUAAAAAUAGUAGGCGUGUAUGUCCAUGCAUAGCUGCUGUAACGGUUAUGGUCACAUACGGAAUUCUUAGUGAAAAAAAAUAAUCACAUUAUAGAUUGCAGUCACUGAGGUGUAUAUUAGUGCCCACAGAUGAAUUUGCUGUUUUCUGAAAUUGAAAUCACAGGUAUUUGUCAAGCACAGUGAAAUCAGUAGGAUUCAGUAAUACAUAGUCUGGUUUUGGCUUUGUUGUUCGGGGCGUUUUGGUUUUUGUUUUUUUUUAAGUAAAGCAACUGAUAUGCUGUGUGUAAUACAAAAAGCUUGCAAUUUUCUUCAAAGUCCAAAGAAAUUCAUUAGUGAACAGGUACAAAAAAAAGUGAAUUUUAUUACAUGUAGUUUAAAUUUACACACCACUUACAUGCAAAGCCCCCGCUUUCAGAACAGCGUAUCCCUUCUCCUCUGUGGCGGUGUCG